AUGCGAUUGCCGGAGACAGCCGCUGGCCAUGACGCUGAAGUCCGGGAGGUACAGGGUGAAUGCGUCCACGGAGCUCGACCAAAGGGUGCCAACAGCAACCACACCGCCGAGCUCACGACUGAUGUGGCCGGCCAGCUUUCAGGCGGGCUGAGGCCGUCUUUCUGCAAAGCAAAUGGUCGCUGGCAUGUACUGGCUGGCAGCGUUUGUGAGUGUCUAGCAGGAUAUGAGCCCUCUGCGGACAGUUCUGUCUGCACAGGUAAACAAGUGCAAUAG